AUGACAGAGAAAAUCGAAACACAAGGCGAUGAGGUCAUUUCUGAUCAACCUGUCCCUCAAAAGGCCAACAUUUCCGGCAAUCUCACAUCCUUGACUGUUGAAGAACUUUACGAUAAAGACAAAUAUGAUUUAUCUACCAUGGAACCUGGAGACAUCUUUCAGCUUUUGCAAACAUCUUCAGAUGGUUUGACCUCCGAAGAAGCUGCUCGUCGUGUUGAGAAAUUUGGUCGCAACAAAUUAGAGACCAAGGAAAUCAACCCCAUCAUGCAAUUCUUGGGCUUCAUGUGGAAUCCUCUCUCCUGGGUCAUGGAGGCUGCUGCCAUCGUAUCUAUCGCUCUUUCCAACGGUGAUGGUAACCCUCCCGAUUACCCUGAUUUCAUCGGUAUCGUACUCUUGUUGUUGGCUAAUGCCACUAUUGGUUUUAUGGAAGAACGUCAAGCUGGUAACGCUGUCAAGGCAUUGAUGGCCUCUCUCGCUCCCGAAUGUAAGGUUAGACGUAAUGGUGAAUGGAAGACUUUGGAAGCUGCUGAACUGGUUCCCGGUGAUAUCAUCUCUAUCAAGUUGGGUGAUGUUGUUCCCGCUGAUGGUCGUCUCAUUGCUGCUCACGGUCAAGUUUCCAUUGAUCAAGCUGCUCUUACUGGUGAAUCUCUUCCUGCCUCCAAGGAAGCUGGUGAUGAAGUUUUCUCUGGUUCUACUGUCAAGCAAGGUGAAGCUGAAGCUAUUGUUAUCGGUACCGGUACCAAUACUUUCUUUGGUCGUGCUGCCAAGUUGGUUGGUGAUGCUGGUGAAGAUGUUGGUCACUUGCAAACUAUUUUGGCCAAGAUCGGUAACUUCUGUCUGUGCACUAUCUCCAUCUUCAUCGUUCUCGAAAUUCUUGUCAUGUACCCCAAGUUCCAUUACAAGUACAGAACUGGUAUUGAUAACAUUCUCGUCUUGCUCAUUGGUGGUAUCCCCAUUGCUAUGCCUACUGUUUUGUCCGUUACUCUUGCUAUUGGUGCUAAGCAACUUGCUGAACACAAGGCCAUUGUUACCCGUAUCACUGCUAUUGAAGAAAUGGCUGCUGUCACCAUCUUGUGUUCUGAUAAGACUGGUACUCUUACCUUGAACAAGUUGAUUGUUGACAAGCCCACCAUCAAGGCCUACUCUGAGCUUUCUGGUGAUGAUAUCAUCUUGUUGUCUGCUUAUGCUUCUCGUACUGAAAACCAAGAUGCCAUCGAUUUCUGUAUUGUCAACUCCUUGCCUGAUCCCAAGCUUGCUCGUGAGAACAUCGAGGAAUUGGAAUUCAAGCCUUUCAACCCUGUUGUCAAGCGUACUGAAAUUACCUACAAGAACCAUGCUGAUGGUAAGGUCCUCCGUGUCACCAAGGGUAUGUCCCACACCAUCUUGGACCUCUGUACCCGUGAUAAGACUGAAGAGCAAAUCAAGGCUCUUAACGAUGAUGUUGAUGAAUUCGCUCGUCGUGGUCUCCGUGCUCUUGCUGUCGCUGUUGAUGAAGUUCCCUCUGGUGAAGUCGAGGGUGAAGGUCUUGGUUUCCGUUUGGUCGGUCUUCUCCCUAUUUAUGAUCCACCAAGAAGCGAUACCAAAGAAACUAUUGACCGUGCUAUUGCUCUCGGUGUUUCUGUCAAGAUGAUUACUGGUGAUCAGCUCGCCAUUGGUAAGGAAACUGGUCGUCGUCUCGGUAUGGGUGACAACAUGUACUUGUCCAAGACUUUGAAGGACGGUCCUCCUGCUGGCUCUGGUUACUCUGAUGUUGAUGAAAUGGUCUUGCACUGUGAUGGUUUCGCUGGUGUCUAUCCUGAACACAAGUACGAAAUUGUUGAACGUCUUCAAGCUAUGGGCCACAUGACUGCAAUGACUGGUGAUGGUGUUAACGAUGCUCCUGCUCUUUCCAAGGCUAACGUCGGUAUUGCUGUCGCUGAUGCCACUGACGCUGCUCGUUCUGCUGCCGAUAUUGUUUUGACUGAACCUGGUCUUUCCGUUAUCAUUGAAGCCAUUAUUGGUUCUCGUCAAAUUUUCCAACGUAUGCGUAACUACUCCAUCUAUACUUGUUCCGUUACUAUUCGUGUUGUCGUCGGUUUCGCCAUUCUCUGUUUCGCUUUCCAAUACAACUUCCCUCCUUUCAUGGUCUUGAUUCUUGCUAUUCUUAACGAUGGUACUAUCAUGACUAUCUCUACUGAUCGUGUCAAGCCCUCUCCUUACCCUGAUUCUUGGAACUUGAGAGAAAUUUUCACUUAUGCUAUUGUUUAUGGUCUUUACCUCACCGUUUCCACUGUUGCCUUCUUUGCCGUCAUUAUCCAAACUGACUUCUUUGAAUCUCACUUCAGUCUCCCUCACAUCUUCAACCCUGAAACUGGUGCCGAAGAGAAGUAUGUCAACAGCGGUAUCUAUCACUCUGUCAUCUAUCUUCAAGUUUCCACCAUUUCUCAAGCUUUGAUUUUCAUUACCCGUUCUCGUGGCUUCUUCUUCUCUGAGAGACCUUCCAUUAUGUUGAUGUGUGCUUUCAUCGUUGCUCAAUUGGUCGCUACCUUCAUUGCUGUCUACGCUGACUGGCCUUUCACCAACAUUGCUGGUUGUGGCUGGAACUGGGCUGGUAUUGUUUGGAUCUGGAACAUCAUCUGGUUCAUCCCUAUGGAUUUCAUCAAGUUUGGUAUGAGAGCUAUCUUUGAGCCCAAGAACGACCUCAAGAACUCCAAGACUCCCAUGGCUGGUCAAUCUCGUCGUGCCUCUGCCAUCUCUGGUACUUCUUCUGCUCGUUACUACGCUAACCGUACCAAGUCUCUCAGAUCAAUGGAGCGUCCUCAAAAUUUUGCUAGCAAGUUGUUGAGUGGUAAGGGCAAGAACAUGGAUGCCAAGGAGAUGCGUCGUUUCUCCUCUGUCCAAACCAACCAUGCUGCUCAAGUCUUGAACAACAAUAAUUCAUAA